UUCGGCUCUUUUCUUAAUUAUUCUUUCCUAAUAAGAUCACAUGUACGUACUUAACAUGUGUAUAAUUCUCUCAGUUUUCAACCAUCUAUAUCUUCCUCUUUCAUUUUCAUUUCUUCGCAAUCGGUAAAAUCCUUUGUAUUCGUCAUGUAUUAAGCCAUGAAUCUCUCUCUCUCUGAUCACUCUCCGUCUUUCUCUCUCUAACAUCACCGCCGCUUCAUUUUUCUCUCCAUCUAGGGUUUUGAAGUUUCCAUUUUUUUGUUGUUGUUGAGGAAUCAUAGCAUUUCUAAUUAAUACUAGGGUUUUCCAGUUCGCUUUACGGUAUAAAGCAGGUAUUUGUAAGGAGAGGGUGAAGGAUAUGCAUAUAUCCAUGUUAUCGAAUCUGAUGCACAUCGUUUAAGGCACCUUGACAUAUGCUUUUGGUGAGACUUGAAUCACCAGCAUGGAUCUGAAUGCCUCGCCACAGCCACAGGAUGACGAUGAGAUCUUUGGACAACAAUUAGAAGAGGAAGCGGAGGAAUCCAUUGUAGAACAUAGUGAUGACCGUGCAGAUUAUACGAGUGCGGUGGAGAUUUCACGUCGCGAGCGGGAGGAAAGGAUUCAAAGAAUUAAAAGACAACGUCCAGAUGAUAGGCCAGCAUAUCCAUCUCAGCCACGAAUACGCGAUGAGAUUUUUCAGACCAAGAGACAGAAGCCUAGCAGCAGACUUCCUCCAGGUUGGUUGGAUUGUCCUGCAUUUGGACAGGAGAUAGGUUGCAUUAUUCCUUCAAAGGUUCCUCUGGAUGAAACUUUCAACGACUGUGUUCUUCCCGGCAAACGAUACUCGUUUAGGCAAGUCCUCCACCAACAGAGAGUUUUAGGAAGAAAGCUUGGGAUGGUGAUUGAUCUCACAAAUACAAAUCGAUAUUAUUCAUUGUCAGAUUGGAGGAAGGAAGGCAUCAAGCAUGUUAAGAUUCAAUGCAGAGGCCGUGAUUCUGUACCUGACAAUGAGUCUGUAAAUUUAUUUGUCUAUGAGGUUUCACAAUUUCUUGCACGUCAGAAACAUGCGAAGAAGUAUAUUCUUGUCCAUUGCACACAUGGGCAUAAUCGCACUGGGUUUAUGAUCAUUCAUUAUCUGAUGCGCACGCUGCCAAUAUCUGUUAGCCAGGCAAUUAAAAUUUUUUCUGAUGCUCGACCUCCUGGGAUCUAUAAGCCGGACUAUAUUGAUGCCUUAUAUGCCUUUUAUCAUGAGAAAAAACCUGAAAUGGUUGUCUGCCCUCCAACACCUGAGUGGAAAAGAUCUUCUGAGCUUGAUUUGAAUGGCGAUGCUAUGCCGGAUGACGACGACGAUGGAGGUCCUGCGGUUCCUUUGCCUGAUAAUCGUGAAGCGCAAGUGGUAAUGUCAAAUGACGACAUUUUGGGAGAUGCAAUCCCACAAGAUCAGCAAAAUUAUAUGCGGCAGUUCUGUUAUCAAGCACUGAAAAUGACCCCAGGGGGUAGAGGCCCACAAUUUCCUGGCUCUCAUCCAGUCUCUCUUAGCAGGGACAACUUGCAACUGUUGAGGCAGCGUUACUACUAUGCCACAUGGAAGGCUGAUGGAACACGGUAUAUGAUGCUGAUCACGAUGGAUGGUUGUUUCUUAAUUGAUAGACUUUUCAACUUCCGAAGGGUACAGAUGAGAUUUCCAUGCAGACACACUAAUGAAGGUUUGGCCGAAAAGACGCACCACUUCACUUUACUUGAUGGGGAGAUGGUAAUUGAUACUUUGCCUGACACACAGAAGCAGGAAAGGAGAUACCUCAUUUAUGAUCUGAUGGCCCUUAACCAUGUGUCUGUCAUUGAGCGACCCUUUUAUGAACGGUGGAAAAUGAUUGACAAAGAAGUGAUUGAGCCCAGGAAUUAUGAACGUCAACAUAUAUACCAGAGUAGAAACCCUUACUAUAGAUACGAGUUGGAGCCUUUCAGGGUGAGGAGGAAGGAUUUUUGGUUGCUCUCUACUGUCACGAAACUUCUCAAAGAAUUUAUUCCAAAGCUUUCACAUGAAGCAGACGGUCUCAUUUUUCAGGGUUGGGAUGAUCCUUAUGUUCCUCGCACGCAUGAAGGUCUCUUGAAGUGGAAAUACCCUGAAAUGAACUCAGUUGACUUUCUGUUUGAGGUGGUUGACGGUCGUGAAUUGCUUUAUCUACAUGAACGAGGGAAGAAGAAACUAAUGGAAGGGAAUAGAGUUGUUUUCCCAGAUAGUUCUGACCCGUCAGACUACUCUGGUAAAAUAGUAGAGUGUUCUUGGGAUACCAGUAACCAGGAAUGGGUGUGGAUGAGGACCAGAAUUGAUAAAGGAACUCCAAAUGAUUACAACACUUACAGAAAAGUAUUUAGAAGUAUUACUGACAACAUCACUGAAGAAGUGUUGUUGAAUGAGAUCUAUGAGAUCAUACGACUGCCAAUGUAUGCUGAUAGGAUACAGAAUGAUAGCAAAGCUCACCAUGUACGACGCAGAUGAAUGAAUUUGAUUAAGUGGACGGCAUUGUUAUUGGUGGAAGCUAGUGAUCGGAUUAACUUCUCAUUGGAAGUUAGCUGCGUUCAUAUAUAUCAACGGAAGGGUAUUUGCGAGCAUCCUUAGUCCCUAGGCAUGUAAUGUGUGCUACACACUGGGUUUAUUGUAUGAUCCAGUUGGUACGCUGUAAACUUAGUGGUGCAUGACUCCGGCCUUUAGUUUUUCCUCCUGUUAGAGGGAAUUGGCAAAAAGGUCGUCAUGUAUAUUAGUUUAUUUUGUUUCUUUUUUUUCUGGUUACUGUUAAGUUGGUAGGUUUCUCCAGCAGUAGUGAAACUUAAAGCUCUAUGUUGUCUGUUCUGUGAAUAUGAGUCUGUUAUACAAGUAAUUUGUAGCUUAUCAUUUGCUCUUGUUCUUCGUUAUAUUCAGAUUGGCUACCGAGA